AAUCGCGGGAAUCCAAUUCUAAAGCACCUUGCUUUAAUAAAGACCAGGCGCACGUCUUCACUAUCCCCACAGCUACGCAACAAGUCACUGUAACGCAUAUUAUUUCUCAAUUAUACUCAUUUUUAUAUUCCUUCUUUCCUUGAUAUAUUCGAAAUAAGUAAUUUCAAGGGCGAGUCACGAGAUAAAUACUAAUGUAAUUAAUAGCAUGUAAUCUACAGAAAAAAAACCUCGGAUAGAAAACUGGUUGAAAGAAAUCUGCGGAAUCCGAAACUGCGUCUUCUGAAAUAUCUCUUUGAUAUAUUUACCUGUUAGAGUAUCUGUUAGGCCCCAGAAUUAAUGGUUUUAAUUGGUUUUAAUUCACUUUAUUAUUUUUUUUGGUUUUAAUUUCUUAUGAACGAAUUAAAAUUUAUGAAAUAUUUGGCGCCAAAUUUAACAUUUUGUCUUAUCGUUGUUGUAAGCGACAUCACAGUAGUUAUGGCAGUAAAGACUGUGGAAACUGGUUCAGAGCUGCUCGCCAGGCUUGGCACACGUGUUCCCCUUAGCAACAUUGUGCCAGAACUGUUUGGAGAAGGGUCGAGUAGCGGAGAGAUCAUUGAAUUCUUCGGAGAAGAAGGAACUGGUAAAACCGAACUCUUGCUGAAUCUAAUCACACGAUGCAUUCUUCCAAAAGUCUGGCAAAAUAUUCCUGUUGAUGGUCCCGAGUCGAAAGUUGUUUUCAUCAGCACUGACUACAAGUUUUCUAUCUUAAGACUAGUUCUCAUCUUGGAAAAGAAAAUUACCAAAAUUCUUCAAUCUCAUUUCAGUGAACUAUCACAAAAUGCUAAUGAUGGAGAUAAUGUUACCAAGCCGGACAUGGAAUCAGAAGUGCAAUUAUUUACUGAUGACUGUCUCCAACGUGUCCAAGUUGUUUAUUGUUCAAGCUCAUGGCAGUUGUUCCUUACUUUACACAGUCUUGAAUACCAACUGACCACUGAUGCAAGUUAUAGUUUAUUGGUUAUUGAUAGCAUAUCAACAUUUUAUUGGCUGGACAGGUUUUGUGCCAAUGAUAACAUCAGCAACCAGGGCCUUAACAUACGCAGAAUUACUAAAAUACUAAAGAAAUUUGUUAAUGACCUUAAUAUUUCUGUUAUAGCCACCAAAUUGUCCCUCUUUAAACCAAAAUAUUCUGACAAUCUAGACCCAACAAAUAAUAAUAGUCUUAUAAUUAAUCCUAAUGCUAUAAAUAAUCCAGGGAUAUAUUCAACAGCUAAGCAGUCCCAUACAAAAUACUUGGAUAAAGUCUGGGAAAAUUUUGUUUGCAAACGGUGGGUUUUCACAGUAAUCUCUGCUGCAGAAUCUAAGUUUUGUUUGACAGGUACAAACCUGAAAACUCUUCAUUUUACCAUCACAGAAUCUGGUGUGAAGUUCUUGUGAUAAAUAUUGAUUUCUUUGCACUGGAUUAGAGUUACGAAGCUAGAAAAUGGAUAAAAUCAUCUACAUGCGCCUGAUUACUUGUUUGCUUUAUCUGAAUCAGGAUAACGGAGAAGAAGAACAAAAAAAGGAAAAUUCAACAACAUAACAGGUGUUGAUAUUAUCAUCAUCAUCAUCAUCAAUUACUUGGUGACUCUGCCAGUGCUGGUGCCACAUAAAAAGCAUCCAGUCCACUCUGUAAAGUGGUUGGCAUUUGGAAGGGCAUCCGACUAUAAAAACCAUGCCAAAGCUGACCUCAUCUAUGCUGGUACCACAUAAAAAGCACUCUGUCCAUCUGCUGGGUGGUUGGAGUUAGGAAGGGUAUUCAGCCAUAAAAACUGCCAAAACAGACACAGAAGUUCGUUGUAGUCUUCUGCCUGGCCAGCUCCUGUCAAACUGUUCAAACCAUGCCAACAUGGAACAUAUAUUCUCUCCCCCUAUCAUUUUCUCUCAUCUUUUUUUUCCCCUUCACCAUUUUCUAUCUAUCACCAGUUUCUAUUUACUAGACUUGUUUACAAGGCUUUGGUUAGCUUGAAGCUAUAGUAAAAGAAACACUUGCCCAAGGUGGCACACAGUAGGAUUGCACCCAAAAUCAUGUUGCCAGGAAACAAACUGCUUAACUACACAGCCAUACCUUCUUGAGAAAAACUAAUGGUACCUACCUUGCAAGUUCAUUCUGUCAAAACACAGCUGCCCAAAGUAAUUAGUUUACAAUCAACAAAAUGGUCAAUGACUUACAUGAAUCAUUGAUCACUUGUGGUCAUUGACCACUACUAGAAAGAAAGAGGACUGUCAUUAAGAUUUUGAAAAGUGUUUCACAAAAAAAAGAGGCUAAAAAUAAUAAUAAAGAAAUAUACAGGAAUAGAGGUAGUUGUGCUGAUGAUUAAGUCAUAAACAUACAACAUUUAUGGCCUAAACACUCAAAGCAGUAAAUGUUUAAUCUCUGCUUAAUAAAAGCCCAUAUAAAUGUUGAUUGAUUGGUCGAUUUCUCUUGUCAUGUUUUAUAGACAGGAGAAGAGAGAGGGGAGGGAGAGAGAGAGAGAGAGACAGUGUCUUAUGACUUUAUCAUUUAUCUUGUUCCAGUCCAGUCAUUGGACUACAUGGCCAUACUGGGGCAUCACUUUGAAGGGUUUUAGUCGAACAAAUUGAUACUUUUCUUUUUUUUUUGGUUUCAGUCACUUGACUGAGGCCAUGCUGGAGUACUAAUACUUUUUUUUUUUUUAAUCUGGUACCUAUUCUGUUGGCCUCUUUUGCUGAACUGCUAAGUAAUGGGGGAGGUUAACAAACCAACACCAGUUGUCUAGUGGUGUGUUGGUGGGAGGAACGAAUCAAUACAAAGUCACACACAUACAGACAAACAGAGAAUUAGAGGCAGUCAGCAAAUUAGCAAACAAUUAUCUGUGGACACACAAGAACAAGAGAUCCCCAAGUAACCACUUCAUAAAGGGCAGAAAACAUCGACAGACAACAAAUAUAGUCUGUGCAAGACCAAAACCGAAGACAUUAACCAUAUUGCCAACUGUGAGAGAGUGUCUUCCAGAUACUAUCUUCCCACAAGGCAUGUUAGAGUGGCCAGAAUGGUCUGGAACAGGAUAAUACACAAGAAAACAUCUACAAAGUUUACUAUAUUGAGACCGAAGGGGUCAAAAGAAUACUGGUGGACCUUGAAAAUUAAAACAGCCACCAAGUUACAAAACAACUAAUUAGAUAUCGUUAUGUGGGACCUCAAGGAAAAGAUAUGUUCUGUCAUGGACAUCAGCUGCGCUCUGGACACUGAUGUGGUAAGAAAUAUACAAGAGAAAAAGGACCUCUAUGCACGAUUGACAAUGAUUUUGCUAAUCCAGUACCCAAGAUACACUUUCAGCUUCAUACUUGUUUUUCUUGGAGCAACAGGAUACAUACCAACCUGUCUGGAACAAAGUAUGGCUGGACUUGGGAUCUUGAGGAGAGAAUGCAAAUCCUUAAUUCAUACUCUACAAAUGAUCACAAUAUCUGGGGCUAUAAUAAUCUGCAAGACCUUAAGAUUUAAAGGGUGAUGACCAAAAGCAAGAUGCUUUCCUUCACAACCUUGCUACAAGCAGGUGGCCAAUCUAAAAUUUAUUCUAAAUUGAAAAGAGAACUCACGCACACAUUUAUGAGGGAAUACUGAAAAGUUCCCGACAUUAAGGGUAUUGCAAAGGGCCUGGUGGGAGACUCAACCUUCUGAGUUCUUUUACAGGGCUUAGAAAAACUGAAGGGCUGCUACAAUAAAUGUGUGAAUCUGAGAGGUGAAUAUGUUGAAUAAAAUCAUAAUUAACUGAUCUUUCUGUAUUUUGCUUUACCCAAAGCCAGGAACUUUUCAGCACCCCAACCUCAAUACAAUGGGCUUCCACACAGUUCCCAUUUACCAAUUUCACUCACAAGACAUGGGUGCCAUGGAGUGAGAUUGAACCCAAAUCC